AUGUAUUGGCACUGAGACAGAAGAUGGCAAUGUGGAGGAGCAGAGGUUUGGAAGCUCAAAAGCACAAAUCUGUGGAAGAAUGACAUCUAUAGAAUGUGAGGAGGUGCUACCUACAACAACAACUACAACGACGACCACCACCCCCCCAAGUCCUUCAACAACAACAACAACAACAACAACAACUCCAUUACCAACAACAUCUCCAUCGAUACAAAGUCUGUCAGCGACAACUCAAACUGUAUUAAAAUUUCCACCCGACAAUUUUGAUGACCAAAAGAUAUGUAUGGACAUUAUUUUUUUGAUUGAUGCCUCUUGUACAGUAGCAAAAAAAUAUCAAAGGGACGCUGUAAAAAUAAUUAAAAGUUUUAUUUCUGAAAUAAAAUUUAAAAGUGACAUGAUCAAAUUCAAGAGGAUACCAAUGACUGAUAAGAAAUCAUAUGAUAAAGAAGGUGUUGACAAAAUCACAGACCAGCAAAGUCUAUCCAAUGUUGCAGUCAUACCCUUUCAAGACAUAAUACUCAACACAACUAUUCCAUUUCAAAAUAAUCGGAAAUAUCUACAAAAAGGUCUUAAACAACUCCUGAAACAUGGAAGACGCACAUGCAAAACCUUUGGAGACAGCGCUUAUAAUAAAGCUACCUAUUUCUUUAAUACCAUCCCAAAACGAGAUCGAAAUAUUGUGGUCGUAUUUGGUGAUGGCCGCAAUACCGGGACUAAACAUCAACUUUUAUCUGAGCAAGCAAUGGAGAGGUUAAAAUCUGAACAAAAUGUGGAUGUUAUUUGGAUUAAAACUCCAACAAAAAUUUUGAAUCGCUCUAAAACUGAGUUGGAACAGGCAGCAGAAAUAGUGCGUGGUCAGUUACAUAUUGAACGCCAUGUGGACGGUACACAAAUAUUUGACGUAAAUGAUGAUAAUUUACAUACAAAUCUUAUGGAGUAUUUUUAUAAAUUUUAUGGGUGUGAGGUGUGAACUCUUCUCAUUGUUUGCCAAAAGAGGCAUACAAGAGCAAGAAUAUCCAGUAAUAUAGAAGUACAAUUAAAUUGAUGAUGAUAUCAUGAAAAUGUGUCCAUUAGAUGAACAAUCCUCUAGUCAUACUGCUCCCAUGCUUUAGCAUGGAGCCAUCAAUUGCCAGUGAAAAACUAACUUAAUCUUUUUCUUUUUUUGUGGAGAAAUUCAGUUAAAUUACAAUUUCUCUGCACCAUGAAAUCAGGAAGAUAAAAUUUAAGAGACACAAACAAA